UGAGCUAAAGUACUUUAAGCUGUUAUCAGUCGUACUUUGUGUUUAGCUCUGUUAUCUCUAUUAGCUCCAUUAGCUAUUUGCUACCUGAACCAAACAAAGAGCAGGACUCUGCUGCUCAUCUCUGCUAAUAGCUAACAGCUAACUAGCUUCUAAUUUCUUCACCAACUUCACAAGCAGGAAAUAAAUAUGGCAAGACCCCAUAAAUAGUGAGUUUACAGCGUCCGUUGGGAUUUUAACACAUCUUGUUGUCACAGGUAGCGAGCUUGAAAUGAUGCGCUGCAUUGUAGUCAGCGCUCGGCUAAGUUUGGCAUUUGCUAAGCCACAUUUAUUUUGUUUACAUAGAUACAAGAAUCCAAGGACGGCACCUUGUUCCCCAUUUUCUAUCAUCCCCAUUAAAAAAACAGGAUGUGUUCGUCUCGUGCCCUGAACAGUACUCUUCACCAAGUUUCCAUUUACCUUGGAGGAUGGAAGCUGUCACACCUGAGUUGAAUAAGUUCCCGUACAACAACUCAGAAAACCAAGAAAAACUCACACCAAAACAAUCUAGAUGGAUGAACAAUACGACAGAGAGUGAACAGGUAUUGGAGGUCUGCAACAUAUAAAUACCUGGCCAAGCACUGUACACCUGCACAAGUGUAGCAGGGCAGAAAUGGCCUCGAGCGAAGGCGACACUCAGACGUACAAGAUGACCUCCUUGGACGGUGACAUCAACCAACACUUUGAGGAUGCAAUUGAUGUGAUUCAACAGCAUUCCAGUAAUUCAUAUUAUGAUUCAGAUUACACAUAUUAUGAGAGUCUGGGCACCCAGCAGCCGUCGGUGCAGUGGCAGAUCUCCUGCAUAAAAAAUCUCGUCACACACCCGUCUGAUGUAGCACCUCCUGCAUACGACUGGAAUGAUGUGGCUCAGCAGCCUUGGCCUCAGAUCAUCCCUGAUGUCUCCUUGGCUCACUCGCAAAAUGAAUCACCUCAUUUCUACUCAAUCUUACCACCACAGAGGAACAGCAAAGCCCGAAAGAAGCUCAGGCUUUAUGAAUACCUCCACGAGGCUCUGAACGACCCCAACAUGGGCGACUCGAUCCAGUGGACGGACAGCGGCAGCGGCACCUUCCACUUCAUCUCCAAGAACAAGGAGAAGCUGGCCGAGUGCUGGGGCCAACGCAAGGGCAACCGCAAGACCAUGACCUAUCAGAAGAUGGCGAGAGCUCUGAGAAACUACAGCCGCACCGGCGAGAUCAGGAAAGUGAGGCGUAAACUCACCUACCAGUUCGACCCAAGCAUCCUACACAGGCUGGGCUCUGCCCAGGUGCACCUGCCCUGCCACCCUGCACCAGAGGAGGUCCACACCCAGCAGCAGAACCCGGCAGAACAGAGCUACUGCAACGGCUCUGCAGCGGCGGACUGGCACAGCUGGUACAGACACUACCAGCUGCAGGAGGACUACGACCUGGCCUCCAGCUUCACUUCACACAGUAUGACCAAACUCUGAGCCGGAGGAUGGUUUGAUCACAGAGGAGAAAAAUCUCUUACAGUUUGAAAAAGGCUUUCAAAGACUCCAAUUUCUGCGUCCAUGUUCAGUCUCAGCAUGUUAUCACAUGAUAGGGAGGCUACUCCUGUCAAGUAACAGUUAUCUCUUUAUAUACACUUUUUUUUUUUUUUAGAUAUUGUGUUCUAAAUAGAGGUAUUACUAUGAAUGAAUGUAAAUACUCUUUAAAUAAUUGAAUAGAUUGAAUUAGAAAAAUGAAAUAAAACAAAUGCUUGAAUCUAUCAAUUAAAUGUUUAUUUUUUGCAAAAACUCUGAUAAUUUUUUUGGCCAUACUUUGUGAACAUCAAUAUGAUUUACAUGUUCAUACAUAUUUGCCCUGCAGCUAAUGCCAGCACAUGUUUUAACAUGCAUUAUAUUCUCUACAGGUAAAACUUGACAAAUUUUAGAUCUAAGAGCCUUUUAAAAGAUACUUAUUGUAAUUUUAUGGGUCUAUAUUCAGAUAAUUGAUACUUCAUGUCUUAAUUAAUAUUAUUUCUAAACUAUGUUUUGAAUAAAAAUAAUUUGCCCAUUUUUUUCUAACAUAUUGUAGAUUUUGAAAGUUGACUACUUGAUUCGGUCAUUAUAAGGAAAUCAGUCACUCUGUCAGAUUUUACGGUGCAGUCAAAGACCUUUGAACACAUAUACCUAAUUUUUUAUGACUGUCACUGUAAAUGACAGGAACUGUAAAUACUUUCAAGACCUAAAACACUUUCUAGAAAAGAGAAUCUCUGGAUUUUACUAAAAAUGGAUGAGACUUUGAUCACUUUGACAUCUUUGGUUGACAAAAUGAUGUCGUGUCUGACAUGCAGCUGAUGUAAAUGCAAAGUUUUGAAUUCAAAAGACUUUAAAUUCAGCAUCUUUAUUCUCUGUUUUGUGUCCUUUAGAUAUUGUAAAAGGUUUUAAAGAACCAAACUUAGUAAGUAAAACUCUUUUUUUGGGCUGCUGCAGAAAAUGUAAACAUUUAAGACCAUUAUCAUAAAAAAAUCAUCAACAUUUCUUAUUUCUCUACCGAUAUUUAAAAUUUACAACAAAAUAACAACUUAAUUCUGUAAAAUUUAACUCUAUGGUGGCUAACAACAAUAAAAAAUGUAAUUUAAAAGUUGUCAGUGGCUCCUGUUGUUUCAACAAGCAACCAGUAAUAAGCAUUCUGUGUCAACAAAUGUAAAUAUUGAUUACUUUCUUGAUAAAAGUAUUAACAAAAAUGUAUGUUUGUAUUAUAUUUAUGCAUGAAUAACAAAUGUUUACCUUUCAUUUGUUCAGAAUUUGUCGG